UUUGGCUUUCCUGGAGGGGAGCACAGUACACCUGGAACCACCUACCCGGGGGAUGGAAGCAUAGUUCCAGCAUCUGUCACAGACUUAUGCAAAUAGUUUGGAGGAGUACAGUGCCCCAGAUCACCUGGAGUAUGUUGAUGGCAUCAUAGUUUAGGGAAACACUGCCCAAGGGGUGGAUGACAAGGAUAGCUGAAAUUUAACUGAAUGUGAGACUUGCAAUCAAAGAGGAAUGAGGUGGACGGACUUGCAGGACUAGAAAUACAGUUUCUGUGUGUCAAAUAGCGAUGUGGCCGCUCUGUCUUCAUACUGACAUGACUAAUAAGAUUGUUGCAAUGGUUCCACUGAUAAUGUAAAAGGAAACAAAUUUUUUUUUUGAAUGGUAGGAUUUUGGUGAAUAUACAUACAAGAUAAAGUCAGUUCACUGUGACUGUUCCAAGUCACCAGGAAGGAAACCACACUUGAGUGGGGCCUGAGCAACAAAAUGCCUUUGACCGGAUAAAGCAAUAAAUUGCACAUGUUGUUGUGCUGAGCUGUGUCAGAAUGGGUCCAAAUGCCUGAAAUGUAUUAUGCAUAAACAGCAGGAGACCAGUCAAACCAGCAGAGUUUAUGGCAGAAAACACACAGAGAGACAGAAGUAUUCCUUGGAUUCUGAAGCCAAGGCUGCUGUUGACCUGAGAAAACUAUAUCCUAACAGAAAAAGAAGAAUGAAACAUCUAUAAGUGAGUCUGGGCAACAUCUGCAGUGAUGGGGAAUGGAGUCAUGACUGCUGCUUGCCCCUUGGCUUCUGGUACUGGCUGCGGAAAGGAAAAAUGCCCUCAACCCAUCAUGUAUCCUGCAAUAUGUUUCACAAGGUCAGAACCAAUAAGGAACACAUAAGGAACGUAUGUCCCAGAAGCAUAAAGUGUGGACCUGACAAGCUUCUUUCUUCUGGUGUCAGCAAUAGGCCGCCUACCAUGAGCAAUUCCACUCCAGCUGCGGGUAUACAUAAGAAAAGAUUUUUAUCACAGUUCUUUAACAAUAAUGAGAAUGACAAGAAGAAAUUUAAAGGAGACAGAUCACCAUGCUCCCCUUCACGUGUCCUUCAUAUUCGUCAAAUUCCAAGUGAUGCUACUGAAGCAGAAGUCAUUUCAUUAGGCGUCCCUUUUGGCAAAGUAACCAACUUUUUGAUGCUAAAAGGAAAAUGUCAGGCAUUUUUGGAAAUGGCUUCUGAAGAAGCUGCUGCUGCUCUGGUGAACUACUGUAGUCUUGCUACACCUCAUCUCCACAGUCAGCCUGUUUAUAUUCAGUAUUCCAAGCACAGAGAACUUAAGGUUGAAAGCUCACCUAAUCAGGCUAGAGUCCAAGCUGCAUUGCAAGCUGUGAAUGCUACGCAUCCUGGAAGCCAGGCUGUUCCAAGUGCUUAUGCUGUUGAAGGUGGGCACCAUCCGUAUCAAGGAUCAGUUCUUCGAAUCAUUGUUGAAAAUCUUCACUACCCUGUCACUAUAGAAGCGUUGUAUCAGAUUUUCUCUAAGUUUGGAUCUGUCUUGAGGAUUAUUACCUUCAUUAGGAACAAUCAGUUCCAAGCUUUGCUCCAGUAUGCUGAUCCAAUGAAUGCAUAUUAUGCCAAAAUGAGUCUGGAUGGCCAUGAUAUCUACACUAUGUGCUGCACCCUGCAUAUUGACUUCUCCAAGUUAGCUAGCCUUAAGGUAAAGUACAACAAUGAGAAAAGCAGAGAUUUCACUCGCCCUGACCUUCCUUCUGGUGAUGGCCAACAACCUCUGGAGCCACCCAUGGCUCCUGCCUAUGGCACCCAAAAUUUCAUCAUCCCAUCAUAUGCAGGGGCUCCUGGGUUUGCUCCAGCCAUGAGCUUUGCUCCAGCUGCAAGUUAUUCGGUUCCAGCUGUUCCUGCACCACUUGGUUCUCUUGCUCCCACAUCAUCAGUGCCUGCACCAGUGACUCUUCCUGGUGUUACUAGUGUUCCAGCCAAUUCUGUUUUACUAGUCAGCAACCUCAACUCUGAAGCCAUCACACCACAUGGACUUUUCAUCCUAUUUGGUAUGUAUGGUGAUGUACAUCGUGUGAAGAUCAUGUUUAAGAAAAAAGGCAACGCAUUGGUUCAGAUGGCAGAUGCAACCCAGGCUCAGUUAGCUAUGAGUCACUUGAAUGGACAAAAGCUUUAUGGAAGGGUCCUUCGUGCUACUCUUUCAAAACAUCAAAUAAUUCAACUUCCUCCUGAGGGACAAGAAGGCAAUGGUCUGACGAAGGACUAUAGCAAUAGCCCUUUACAUCGCUUUAAGAAGCCUGGCUCUAAGAACUUCCAAAAUAUCUUUCCUCCAUCUGCCACCCUGCACCUCUCCAACAUCCCGCCUUCUAUUACUGUUGAGGCUAUGAAGAACCUUUUUGCAAGUACAGGAUCUACUGUGAAAGCCUUCAGAUUCAUCCAGAAAGAUUGCAAAAUGGCUCUUAUCCAGCUGGGCUCUGUGGAAGAAGCUUUUCAUGCUCUCAUUGCGCUUCACAAUCGUGACCUUGGAGAAAAGCAUCACCUCCGAGUUUCCUUCGCAAAAUAUGCAAUCUGACUUUUCUGUGAACUCUCCUUUUAAGACUGCAUCACAUAUUAAAUAAAAUCUUCAAAUAGAGGCUGAAACAGCUGUGACCAGCUCUGUCUCUUAAAAGAAAAAGCUCAUUCGUACACAAAGAAUUAGGUGAUUAUCUUUUCUGAUUUUAGCUGACAGUAUGUGAUCAAAGUUUAAUAUUCACCCAUAGAAAGAUUCCUCUAUGAAAUCGCUUUAGCAACAAUAUUUAUCCCCAAGUUUCCUACCUAAAGUUAUAUUUUGAGAACAUCCCUUUAGCUUUUGUUUAAAGUCAGCCUUUCAAAACAUUUCAGAGAACUUUUACAACAUACCAAACAAAAAGUAUUUCUAACAAAAUGGUAAAUCUACACUACACAGAUUAAACACUAAUUUGAAUGUGAAAUAAUGCUUGGGUUUCUUGAAGAAAAGCAAGCAUUGACUGUGAGUGUCCUCUGAAUAGUAUUUAUGUUGCCAGGGUAUGUGCUCCUUCUUUGGCAAAUCUUUACAAAUAACUUUUUUUAAAAGCAAACUGUGCUGUUCAUACGGGUUAAAUUAUUAGAGAAAAGGCAGUGCCUUCUCACUGUAGAGUAAAAGAUAUUUGACAAGUUUCUUCAAUAUGUGGUAUCAGACAUGUAGCUUGACUUAAUCCUGGCAUGGAAGUUUAAUGUCUUUUUACUACGAAGUGAUGUAUGAUAGUACUUUAGAGAAAAUGAGAAAAUAGUCCUGAUUUCAAUGAAUUUUUUUACAUUUCUUUAAAGAAUAAAAUGUUUACAAUCUUACUGAAAAUAUUCAGGUCUUUGAUGGUUUGACAACUUUUUAAGAAGUUAUUUUUGUUAAGGUCAUCUUUGGAGCAGAAAAAUUAAACCUCAAGAGUUUUUGUACCACUAUAAUGUCUAAUACUUAAAUUAGUAUGUAUUUACUUAAUUUCCUAUUAUGUGCCUUACUAUGAGCUUAUGAUACAAUAGCUUAGAGUUUUCUCUGUAGUCUCUUGAAAAAUAUAUUGUGGGCUUUCUGAAAAUUCUCUUCGUGGUCUUUUUAGAAAUGUUUUUCUUGAUACUUCAAAAUAUCCACACCCCCUCCACACCCCCCACCCCCCCCCGGUAACACUCUGAAUUCCAGUCUUUUGUGCUUUGGUAUAGAGAUUGCAUAGAAGUGGGAAUGACUUUAAUGAGUUUAAGUGAGAAUGAGUUUAACUUCUUGUGUAAUUAUGAGGGGAUUCUUCAAAUUUACGUGGUUGCGUUAUUCGAUGCCAGUACCUGGCUGAAAAAAAUGCACUAAAAAAAAGCCUGUAUAGAAAGACCAAACAGCAAAUUUCACUCCAGUUUCUGGACUUCAUCUAACUGUUUAAGAGACAUCUUGGUUGCUGCAUUUUUCUCCCAGUAUUAAUCUUCAAGUAAUAAAGAGCUGUCAUUCUUUGUCUUGUAAGUAUGAAAAAAUAUUUGAUAGUGAAUGUAUAUUUCUCUUUGGAGAAUAUGCUGAGAUAGUUAGGUUUGGUGUUUAAAAUACAUAUAAACUUUUGUGACUUUCUGAUUGUAUUUUGAAAAAUUAAAUUUCAUUACAAAAAA